CUGGACAAACAACACGCUCUGAAAAACUUCUGCAGUAAGAUAUCAAACAAUGAGAGUAACUUUGACGGUUUUUGUACUUCUCAUCCAAACAAUGCACUGUUUGGCCUCAGAUGAUUCAGAAUUUCAGCUUUCCAACAAGGCCACUGGUUUCUGUUUGGUUGCACCAUAUGGCUACUGUAUGGAUGAGCCUUUGCGCUGGACAACUAAUGGUCGACUUCUGUCUUGGUACAAGAAAAAAUGUCUGGGGGCCCAGGGGGCGAAUGUGGGAAGUUCAAUAACUGAAUAUGACUGUGAUGAAAACAGUCCACUGCAACAAUGGGAAUGCAAGAAUGAAACAGUGCUCGCUCUUAAAGGUCACGAGCUUUACAUUGAGCUCACUGCCAAUAACGCAGCAGUUCUCUCUAGCACUAUAGGACCUAAUACCCACCUCACCAUUCCAGGGACAUCCAUUGGCCCUUGCACAAAAAAGCCCAGAGAACUUUACACCAUUGGAGGAAAUUCAUUUGGAAGGCCCUGUAUGUUCCCUUUCUUCUACAACAACAGAUGGUACGCUGACUGCACUACUGAGGGUUCCUCAACAGGUAGACCCUGGUGUGCAGUUGAAACCAAAUUUGAUCAUGCACUCUGGGGCAACUGCCCAACAACAGCUAAAGAGGACUGGAUUAAACAUCCGACAACUGGAGCGCUCUAUCAGCUGAACACAGAGUCAGCUCUGACAUGGACCCAGGCUGAUGUCAGCUGUAAACAGCAGGGUGCCUCCCUACUCAGUAUCUCUGAUCCUCACGAGUACGCUUAUAUCACUGCGCAUUUAGGGUCAGGGUCACAGCGCAGUGGACAAGGAGAAAGGCUUUGGAUUGGACUAGUCCUGGAUCCAGAACAUGGUUGGCAGUGGUCUAAUGGGAGACCCUACAGUUAUCUCAAAUGGGACUCAGGACAUCCAGUUUCCACCCCAGGUCACAGCUGUGCUAUUAUUAAUGAUGCUGUACAGGACUCCUGGCAAAGUUCACUUUGUAAUAAGAAACUAGGAUACAUCUGUUACAGUAAGGGGGUCACAGAACCUCCGACUGCAGCUCCAGAGGCGGGACACUGUUCGAGCCCGUGGAUUCCUUACAGCGGUCACUGCUUCUACCUUAAUCGUAUUAAGAAAACCUGGACUGAUGCUCAGAGAGAGUGCCGCAAAGAGGGAGGAGACCUGGCAAGCAUCCGCAAUGUGGAGGACCAAAGCUUCAUGAUCUCUCAACUUGGUUAUGAGUCUACUGAUGAGCUUUGGAUUGGACUGAAUGACAGGAGGACAGAGGGACUGUUUGAGUGGAGUGAUCACUCUGUUGUCCAUUUCACCAGCUGGACUUAUGGUGAACUUUAUGACUCCGCUAAUGCAGAAGACUGUGUUCUCAUCAAAGGAGAGAAUGGAAACUGGGCUGACCGUAGGUGUGAGGAAAGACAUGGCUUCAUCUGUAUGAAGAGCAGCGCCUCCGAACCCUCUGAAGAUGAAGUGGAACAGAACAUUGGCUGUAAAACGGGGUGGAGGAGACAUGGCUCCUACUGUUACUUUGCAGGGACAGAGACCAAAACAUUUGAUGAUGCUAAAGAGGACUGCAAGGCCUCAGGGUCCUAUCUGGCUGAUGUCUCAAACGGAGUGGAUAAUGCAUUCCUUGUGAGCCUGGUGGGAGCAAGACCAGAGAAAUACUUCUGGCUCGGUCUCUCCAACCAGAAACACAUUGACAUAUUUGUGUGGAUGAACACAGACACUGUGAGGUAUACCCACUGGAAUACUGGAAUGCCAGGUCACCGACAGGGCUGUGUUGCCAUGAUGUCUGGGCUUCAUGCCGGGCUAUGGGAUGUGCUGCCCUGCACAAAUAGGACAAAAUACAUCUGUAAACAUCUGGCAGAGGGGGCUGUUGCAACGCCGGCACCCACAGUCGUUCCACUCCCAGCAUGUGCACAAGGCUGGAGGCGAGUGGGUUCAAGACAACACUGCUACAAGACGUUUGAGGGUGAAUCUUACACCAAGAGGACGUGGUAUGAAGCAAGAGAUUUCUGCAGAACCAUUGGAGGAGACCUGCUGAGCAUCCACAGCUCUAAUGAGAUACGAGCGGCAUAUACAUAUAAAUCAUUCUGGAUUGGACUCAGUGCACCUGACCCAGUUACUGGUUUUGUAUGGAGUGAUGGAUCCCCGGUAAACUUCCAACACUGGCAGUCUGGAGAGCCAAACAAUAGAAAUAAUGUAGAAUCUUGUGUAGAAUUCUUUGUGCAUCGAGCAGACAGGAGUGGGUCUUGGAACGAUGUUCAAUGUGAAAAGCAGAUUGGAUGGAUGUGUCAGAUUCGGGCAGGUGUGACACCAAAACCACCUCCAGGCAAUGUUGCUAAAUUCAAUACAACCUCAGAUGGGUGGAUCGAAUGGAAUGAGAAUCAGUACUUGAUCAACCAAGAACUAAUGGUCAAUGAAGAAGCUCGUCACUUCUGCCAGCAGAGGCACGGCGACUUGGUAUCCAUCGAAAGUGAAGCUGAAAAUAUCUUUUUAUGGCAACAGAUACAAAGCAGUUCUAAAUCUUUCUGGUUAGGUGCGACUGUGGAUGUUGAUGCAUCAUUUGAAUGGAUGGAUGGUUCUCAAGCCCUUUUUCAAAGGUGGGAUGAAGGUCAGCCUGCUUUGAAGAAUUUUGAUGAGAACUGUGGUGUCAUGACAACUUCUAUGGGGUUCUGGCAUGCCUUCAGUUGUGGGUUAGAGUUCGGGUCCAUUUGCAAACGCCGUGGUUUGGUGCAUGCCAACACCACUGCAGCACCCACAGUUCCCCCUGAAGGUGGCUGCCCAUCCCCGUGGAAAAAAUUUAAAUCAAAGUGUUACAACAUCAUUGACAAUGAGGCAUCUACAUGGGACCAAGCACGUAAACAAUGCAAACGGAUGAACGGAAAAUUGGUUUCUAUACCCUCAAGACAUGUGGAAGUGUUUCUGAUGAAUCAAAUAAUGGCAAAACCUACCACCAACUUCUGGACUGGUCUAAAUAGUUUUGAAGGAGGUAAAUAUUACUGGACAGAUGGGAGCAAGAGGUCUUACAUAAACCCAGAUUUAAUGGGCUUUGUAGGCGAUGAGGAGGAUCUUGAAGUUAAUGCGCUGUUGAACGGGGAGCCAGUGAAGUUGACAGAGGAUGGGUGUGAUAUGAUCUCUGGAGCGGGAGUGGGUUUUUAUGUCGGUGAGGCAGUUGGUGAUGGUGGAGAGAAUGGCGGGGGUGAUGGCUUUAAUGGAGAUGUACAGCUGGGUGUCAUCAGCAUAACAGUGAAAGAGGAGACCAUGGUGACGGAUGAUAGGACCAAGCGGAAGUAUAGGAAAAUCAAACAGAUUCCAUUCGAGAUGAGAUGGUUUUACAACUAUAGAAGAAUGGGCACCUGGAGGCCAUAUGACAUACAGAAUAAAUGUGUUGCUUUAAGUAACAGUCCUAAUGGCAGUGGGAUAUGGAAAGUAACGUCGUGCAAUGACACAAAUGGAUUUAUUUGUCAUCGAAAUGUUGACCCAUCUUUGAAAGACAUCCCUGAUCCAACAAGUCCUACUGACUACAUCAAAAUAUUUAAUGACUCGGUAAAGGUCGUGACCCAAAAAAUGAACUGGGAUGCUGCCAAGAAGCACUGUCUACUUGACGGUGCCAAGCUGGCUAGUCUACGAAAUGUGUGGACACAGGCCUAUGCUGAUCUGCAGGCUAUGAAUCUAAAGGCUCCACUGUGGAUUGGACUGAACAAAGACGAGAACAACGGCUACUUCCAAUAUACUGAUGGCUGGCAUUUGAAUGAUGUUAAAUGGGAUGUAGGAGAACCAAGCAGAGACAGACCGUGUGUGUUUGUGGAUGUGAAUGGACAAUGGAAGACCGCUCACUGCAACGAAACCAUGAACAGCCUUUGUCUGAAGUCCACAGAUGAACCACCACCAGAGAUCAAAGAUUUCCCAGGCGUAUGCCCUGAUAACCAACAAGGGGGGGGCAUUUACUGGCAACCAUUUAAGGGUUACUGUUAUAAAUUCUUCACAGAGGAGACUGACUGGACCCAUGCAUCUGCUAGUUGCAUCAGACAUGAUGCAAAACUACUCAGCAUUGAAGAUCCCUCUGAGCAAGAAUUCAUCUUCAACAGUAUCAAAAUGUUGGAUGAUUCUGCCCACACUGUUUGGAUCGGACUGAUAAGGAGUAAAAAAGGAGCGUGGUUAUGGUCGGACGGUACAGUAAUGGACUACACUAACUGGGGCGAAGGGCAACCCGGUGGAAACAUCCAUGCAGCGAUUGUACUUUCAGAUGGGAAAUGGAGGAGCACCUCCAGCUGGUUUUAUAGACCAUACAUCUGCAAAACACGCAAAGUGUUAAUACCAAAGCCAUCGCCUUCAACCACACAUGAGAAUCCUGUUCUUCGCCGCAGUCAUAUAGCUCUGGCAGCUGUCAUCGUUAUUACUGGGAUAGUGAUGGGGAUAUUCAUCGCCCUCUUCAUCUUCAAGAAAUCUGGUCAUCGCUUACCGAUCCCUGAGAAGUUAACCACAUUUGACAACCCACUCUUUUCAAGCAACAAGCAGUCAGAGCCGAACGUGGCUGAUACCAGUAAACUGGUAGACAAUGCAGAGGAAGACAACCAUCAGCCCAUUAUGAUUAUAUGAAUGAAAAGGGGAGAACAGAAUCCAGUGGGGCACACCGAAUGAAUGAAUGAAUAAAUGAAUGAAUGAAUGAAUUUAUUUUUGGUUUUACAUCAAUCCUUGUAAUCAGUACAUUAAUUGUAAUAAACAUAAAAACCAAAAAAGGAAUAGGCUA